GGGGACCGGGACGCACGGCCGGCGCGCGGGACGCGGCCAUGGAGGACGCGGGAGCAGCUGGCCCGGGGCCCGAGCCCGAGCCCGAGCCGGAGCCCGCGCCGGAGCCCGAGCCGGGCGCUGGCACGUCCGAGGCGUUCUCCCGACUCUGGAGGGACGUGAUGGGCAUCCUGGACGGCUCACUGGGAAACAUCGACGACCUGGCGCAGCAGUAUGCAGACUAUUACAAUACCUGCUUCUCCGACGUGUGCGAGAGGAUGGAGGAGCUGCGGAAACGGCGGGUUUCCCAGGACCUGGAUGUGGAGAAACCUGAUGCCAGUCCCACGUCACUUCAGCUGCGGUCCCAGAUCGAAGAGUCGCUUGGCUUCUGCAGCGCCGUGUCAACACCAGAAGUGGAAAGAAAGAACCCUCUUCAUAAAUCAAAUUCAGAAGACGGCUCUGUAGGAAAAGGAGAUUGGAAGAAGAAAAAUAAGUAUUUCUGGCAGAACUUCCGAAAGAACCAGAAAGGAAUAAUGAGGCAGACUUCAAAAGGAGAAGAUGUUGGUUAUGUUGCCAGUGAAAUAACGAUGAGCGAUGAGGAACGGAUCCAGCUGAUGAUGAUGGUCAAAGAAAAGAUGAUCACCAUUGAGGAAGCCCUUGCUAGGCUCAAGGAGUACGAGGCCCAGCACCGGCACUCAGCUGCCCUGGGCCCUGCCGACUGGCCGGAUGGUCCUUACCCGACAUGUGACGGCUCGUCCAACUGCAAUUCAAGAGAACAAUCGGAUGAUGAGACCGAGGAGUCGGUGAAGUUUAAGAGGUUACACAAGCUGGUAAACUCCACUCGCAGAGUCAGAAAGAAACUAAUUAGGGUGGAAGAAAUGAAAAAGCCCAGCAAUGAAGGUGGGGAGGAGCACGUGUUUGAGAAUCCGCCGGUCCUGGACGAAAGGUCUGCCCUUUACUCUGGAGUGCACAAGAAGCCCUUUUUCUUUGACGGCUCUCCUGAGAAACCUCUGGAAGAUGACUCGGACUCUCUCACCACGUCUCCGUCGUCCAGCAGCCUGGAUACCUGGGGAGCCGGCCGGAAGUUGGUCAAAACCUUCAGCAAAGGAGAGAGUCGGGGCCUGAUUAAGCCCCCCAAGAAGAUGGGGACGUUCUUCUCCUACCCAGAAGAAGAAAAGGCCCAGAAAGUGUCCCGCUCCCUCACGGAGGGGGAGAUGAAGAAGGGUCUCGGGUCCCUGAGCCACGGGAGAACCUGCAGUUUUGGAGGAUUUGACUUGACAAAUCGUUCUCUGCACAUUGGCAGUAAUAAUUCUGACCCAAUGGGUAAAGAAGGAGAUUUUGUGUACAAAGAAGUAAUCAAAUCACCCACUGCCUCCCGCAUCUCCCUCGGGAAAAAGGUGAAAUCGGUGAAAGAGACAAUGAGGAAAAGAAUGUCUAAAAAGUACAGCAGUUCUGUCUCUGAGCAGGACUCUGGCCUGGAUGGAAUGCCCGGCUCUCCUCCCUCUUCACAGCCUGACUCUGAACACAUGGACAAACCCAAGCUCAAAGCUGGGGGUUCCGUAGAAAGUCUUCGCAGUUCUCUGAGUGGGCAGAGCUCCAUGAGUGGCCAAACAGUCAGUACCACCGACUCCUCAACCAGCAACAGGGAAAGCGUCAAGUCGGAAGACGGCGAUGAUGAAGAGCCGCCCUACCGGGGCCCCUUCUGCGGGCGCGCCAGGGUGCACACCGACUUCACCCCCAGCCCCUACGACACAGACUCGCUCAAGCUCAAGAAAGGAGAUAUCAUUGAUAUAAUCAGCAAACCGCCCAUGGGGACCUGGAUGGGCCUGCUGAACAACAAAGUUGGCACGUUCAAAUUCAUCUACGUGGACGUGCUGAAUGAGGAUGAAGAGAAGCCCAAGCGCCCCACCAGGAGGAGGAGAAAAGGAAGACCACCCCAGCCCAAAUCUGUGGAGGACCUCCUCGAUCGGAUUAACCUGAAAGAGCACAUGCCCACUUUCCUGUUCAAUGGGUAUGAAGAUUUGGACACCUUCAAGCUGCUGGAGGAGGAGGACUUGGACGAGUUAAAUAUCAGGGACCCAGAACACAGAGCUGUUCUCUUGACAGCAGUGGAGCUGUUACAGGAAUAUGACAGUAACAGCGACCAGUCAGGAUCCCAGGAGAAGCUGCUCGUGGAUAGCCAGGGCCUGAGUGGAUGCUCCCCCCGAGACUCGGGGUGCUACGAAAGCAGUGAGAACCUGGAAAAUGGCAAGACUCGGAAAACCAGCCUCCUGUCUGCCAAGUCAUCCACCGAGUCCAGCCUGAAGUCUUUCAAGAGGAACCAGCUGGGCAACUACCCGACACUGCCUUUGACGAAGUCAGCGGGCGGCGCGCUGAAGCAGGGAGAGGAGGAGGGCAGGCUGGGCGGUGGCCUCCGCCAGGACGCUUCCAAGGGCUGUGACCCGCCAGGUGUGACCGGUUUGACUAAAAACCGAAGAAGCCUUCCGGUUUCCAUCUGUCGGAGCUGCGAGACCCUGGAGGGCCCCCAGGCUGUGGAGACUUGGCCCCGUUCCCAUUCCCUGGAUGACCUUCAAGGAGAGCCUGGUGCUGAACGAGAUGUGCCUACUGAGGUGGCAGAACCCUCCCCUCAGAUUGUCCCGGAAGUGCCACAAAAGACAAGCGCCUCUGCCACGAAGCUCCAGCCUCCCACGCGAGAUUCUGCUGUCGACAAUGCACUGCUACUGACCCAAAGCAAGAGAUUUUCUGAACCUCAGAAAACGACUACUAAGAAAGCAGAGGGCUCAAUAGCAGCCUCUCACCGCGGCUCGGCACCUCCUCAGUGUUUGCCCAGGAGCUACGAUGCGCAACCUCCCGGAGCUAGACACGCUUUCCCAAGGACGCCUCUUGAGGGUCACGGAAAAGGACACGAUUUGGAAGGAACAUACCAUCCCCCCAGCACCAAAGAAGGGGUAGAGGCUGAACAGAGGGUCCCUGAGGCCAGAACGCAGCCAAAAAAUCCGUCACAGCCUCCACCUGUUCCUGCCAAAAAGAGCAGAGAACGCCUUGCUAACGGCCUGCACCCUGUUCCUGCGGGCCCUGGCGGGACCCUCCCCAGUCCCGACGCUCCCUGCCUGCCAGCGAAAAAGGGCAGCCUCGCCAGCCCCGCCAGCCCCGCCAGCCCCAGUGACUGUCCCCCGGCGCUGGCUGCGAGGCCUCCCUCCGGGCAGGAGGCCGGCAGCCCACCAAGCACAAGACCACCCCCCUGGCUCUCAGAGCUCCCGGAGAGCGCGAGCCUUCAGGAGCACGGCGUGAAGCUGGGCCCGGCUCUGACCAGGAAGGUCUCCUGUGCCCGGGGAGUGGACCUGGAAAUGCUCACUGAGAACAAGCUACACGCGGAAGGCAUCGAUCUCACUGAGGAGCCGUAUUCUGAUAAGCACGGCCGCUGUGGGAUUCCUGAGGCCCUGGUACAGAGAUAUGCAGAGGACUUGGACCAGCCCGAGAGGGACGUCGCCACCAACAUGGACCAGAUCCGGGUGAAGCUGCUGCGGAAGCAGCAUCGCAUGGCGAUCCCAAGUGGUGGGCUCACAGAAAUCUGUAGAAAGCCUGUCUCUCCUGGAUGCAUUGCGUCUGUGUCGGACUGGCUCAUUUCCAUCGGUCUGCCCAUGUAUACCAGCACCCUCUCUGCAGCAGGGGUCAGCACGCUGAGCCGAGUGCCUUCUCUGUCCCACACUUGCCUUCAGGAGGCCGGCAUCACAGAGGAGAGACACAUAAGAAAGCUCCUAUCCGCAGCCAGACUCUUCAAACUGCCGCCAGGCCCCGAGGCCAUGUAGCCAGGCCCUCCCUGGGCAAGAGCCACCCUUUCACUGUGCUUACGAUGCUGAUGCAAUUCCUCCAUCUCUGGACAUGCAGACCAGAUCCAGAAGAAAGGCCUGGCGUGUGGCCAAACAGAAUGCAAAAACUUGGCACAGGACUGAGGACCCUCUCUUCCAGAAAAGCCCCCUCAAGGAAAUUAGUGCUGUUCUCUUUGACCUUCAAAGAAAAGACAAGCACUUAUUUUUAUUUUCAGAAUGCAGAAGAUGCCAACUGGCUACAAAUGCUGUGCCUCCAGUCUGUUUUUGUGCACUGGCAGAGGCUGGGAGGAGUGGGAGGACCGCCUGUUCCAUUUAUGACAGUGCCCUUGCCCUUCUGUCACCCUGAGGAUGCUGAGGGCCAGACGGGCUUAGCUAGGCCAAAGGAACAGAUUAUUGUACACUAUUGACCAUGCUCAUUUGUUCAAAAGUUAGAACAUCUGGCUGCACCAGGAAAAAAAAAGUCCUAUUCUCCUUUAGAUAAACAAGAGACAUUUUAAUAAUUGCUUUCUAGCAAUCAGCUUUUAUUUGCCUUAAUAUAAGCGUUUAAGCAGUUAUCUAUCUAGUGCCCACAAUCCUGUAACCGUAGUUCCAAAUCUUCAGCUUAGACUGCCAUCUAACUAACGUCUGGGAUGUCUUCAGCAAAAGUGGGCUUUUCUAAUAUCUCAUUCUAACAUGGCUUAUUUUGUAGGGGUGUUCGUCAGGCACACAUUUCACCUUGGCUUUUGGUUUUUAAACUAACUACAAAUCUAGUAGAAAGCUAUCUGGAAUUCACAAAGAUAUCAUGCGAGUGCGCGCGUGCGCGUGUGUGUGUGUGUGUGUGUGUGUGUGUUUAUAGUACCUACCUUUCGUUUUAAUCAGUUUAGUAUUGUUGCCAUGUUGGUCAUUGCGCUGCAGUAUUGACUUGGAACCUGACCAUUUCCAUUCCAAAAUUCAUUCAUCAGCUAACGGAUCACCUUUGCAAAAGGUCAUCGUAAGGCUGCAUAUUUCAGAGAGAAGAGUUUAAAAAGGGAAGAAGUUUAUGUUUUUUAAAAGUUUUCUCAGUUUUAUAAUUAAGAUGUUGUUCUCCUUCUUAUUUACACAAUUCUUUUAAUUCAAACAAAGGUUCUUUAUGGAGCCAGACAAACAUUAGCCAUAUGUUAAGUAUGUGCAUAUUUCAUUUGUUUUCCAACUGAGUUCAGCAUAUUCUAUCCUCUUUUAGUCUAGUGUCAGAUUUUCUAGUAAACAGCAAAUUUAUACAACUAAACUAUUAAGGUUUCCAUUUCUUACAAAAUGAUUUUCCUUUACAUUCUCAUCGUGAGCACUAUUUUAAGCAUCAAAAUGUGAUCAUUUAUAAUAGAAAUACCUUGACGCAAGGCCUUGGUCGAAAGUUCUACAAUAUUUCAUCUACUUAUUAAAACGAAUGAUUUCCCUGGGGGGGUGGGGGGAAGUGAUUUCAUUCAUCACAAAGCCAUUCUGAGCAUGUGCUUUAUCUCUGGAUCCAUGUUUCUAAGGAAAAGGACAUUCUCAGGUGAUGUAUUUUUUUUCACGCUUUGGUAUGCAUUUUUAAAAAUAAUGUUUGUUUCUUUAAUAAUAUUUCACCUUCUAUAGGAUGCCAUGUGAAGAAGUUGUGGACAUGUAGAAUAAAAAGGUAAAGCUGCCAAAUUUCUAUUGAACUCUUAAAAACAACUCACUUUUGUCCUCUUGGGUUGUGGCCUAGCCCAUUUGGAAUGUAAUGAGGCUGCCGGGUUCUCCCAUAACUAGAGCAUUCAGCGAAUUUCACGUGCAGUGGUGGAGAUGGGUGCCGUAAAACGGGCUUCUCGUCCUGCUUUCGGAAUACCUGGGCUUGACUUUCUGACGUUCUGAUGAGAUUCUGCUCAUUGUUUAAGCUGAGCAAAAACACCACACAGAAGUCAUGCAAAAGGUAACGAAGGAGAGGGAGAGAUCUCAUGUGAAUUUCCAAAUUGUAGUUCAUUCUCAGUGUAGGAUUUUCAUUUAGAUAAAGGUAACACCAGAAAAGGGAACUUUCUGGAGUUUUUGAGAAUGCCAAACCAUAUUUUUAUCACUAUUCUUUGGAAAGCAAUGCCUUUGCAAAGCAAGUCAAAUUCAGGGACCGUAAAUAAUUUUAAGUGGAAAUGUCUAAUCUGAGGGGUCUGAGGUUGUUUUUACUAUAUUGCUUAAAAAUUUUUUUAUAUAUAUCUGUAGUGUUUAUUUGGUCUUCUUUUGCUUUAAACUUUGAAUUUGGUCUGAGAAAAGCCUGAAUGUUUGUGUGUGACAUUUGACUGAGGUGGGUUAGGGCCACCUGUGGAUGUUAGCAGACAGGUGGUUGGCUUCAGCAAUAUCCAGUUUUAAUCAGUUGUUUUGGGUACAGAAUUUUGAGUAACAGUGAAAAUUGUUGUCUUUGGAAAGCACAAAAGAAACCUGGAAAGGCAGUUCGGCUCAGGUAGCUACACAUCACAUAGUGUAUAAUUUUUACGUCAAAGCUGGCUGGACGGAAGUACAGCCAGCUCCAACUACUAUUUACAUUCCCAGAUAACCAAGAAGCAGAUAUCUUUUCAUGGCCUUGCCUUAGUCAGAGGCCCUUUUCUCUGUCCUGACCCAAGGUAUGGGUGAAAUAGGAAAUUACUAGUCUAGUGGAAAUCAGUUCCUGAUACAGUAAAGUUUGCUUUCAUAACUGCAGCAAAAGAGGUCACCUUGCCAAGUCACUGCUGCAUGUGUGUACUGUGUUAUUUUCAGAAAAAAAUCUAAUAGUCUGAGUCCAAGUUAUCUUGAUUUUAAAUUGAUAGAGAAAAGAAACUGUCAAGCAAGUUAUAUAACAACUAACAACAUUGCACUUUCUGUAUAUGAAAUCAAUAUUUAAAUAACUUAUUUUUCUCCAUUGCUGUUCUUAAACAUUGUAAGUAGCUGUAAUAUACCAGUACCAAUAUGUUCUUGCAAUUGCUUCAGCCCAAGAAAGCUGUGUAUUGUUUUAAAAAUUGUAAAAAUUAUUGUGACGAUUCAUUUAGCAAAAAGAAAGGUGGACAGAGGGUUUCCCUGUGUAUCAAAACUUGUCUAUAAUUAUGUCAUCUAUGUACCUAGAAAAAAAAGUAAAUAAAUUCCUUCAGUUGAA